AUGUCCGCGACCCCUCCGUCUAGUCGUCUUGACCGUUCCCCCAGCACAGAGAAAGGCGCCACGGACAGCUUAUCCGAGCUGCCCGUGGACAACCAGGAAGAAUCGACGACUCGCUCGCAGGAUACACAUGAGGAAAAACAACCAACACAGAACAAGGACCAGGGAAAUGACACAUCACCAAGCAAAACGACAGAUGCCGAAGAAAACACAACAGACCCACAUGGUGAUAAAGAAGAUGCCAAAGAGGAGGACGCUUCUGCGCCACCAUUACCAGACGAACCACUCCCACCACCGCUACCCAACGAGGCUCCUCCCGAUGAGGACGAUGGCUGGGAGCCCGUCUGGGAUGCGACCGCUCAAGCGUACUACUUCUACAACCGCUUCACGGGCGUUUCGCAAUGGGAGAACCCACGGGUGCCGGAAGCCGCAUCAGCAUCAGCACCAGCACCGGUGCCUCUCGGCGACGCCGCGGAAGGCGUGAAGGAGAAAGACCCCGUCGUAGGCGGCUACAACCCGGCGAUCCAUGGUGACUACGAUCCCACCGCGCCCUACGCGCAGCAGUAUGAGCCCGCCCUCGGAGGUGCUUCUGCGGGGGAUCCCAGUGGCUCGUACGAGGCCGUUGGUGCGUUCAACAGGUUCACGGGCCGGUGGCAGCCUGCCUCUCUGACGCCGGAGAACUACAACGAUGAGAAUAAAUCGCGGCGGCAGAUGAAUGCGUUCUUUGAUGUGGAUGCGGCUGCCAAUGCCCAUGACGGGCGGAGUCUCCGGGCGGAGCGCAGUGCUAAGAAACUCACCAAGAAAGAGUUGAAGAUGUUCAAGGAGAAGAGAAGAGAGAAGAAAGAGGAGAAGCGGAGGGCGUGGUUACGCGAUUGA